GGGAUGAACCCUCACCCUGAGGAAGAUCUCGCGUUAGCACUUUGUGGUUACCAGGGGAACGCGAGCUUGAGAAGUUACCGCUGUUUGAACAGUAAUGCUGCUCUGUCUUUCCCCAGUGACCACCGGAGAUAACGUUACAGCAUUGAUUCUCAGGUUAAAAUACAGACAUGCAACAGCUUCGGUCCGGGUGGAAGUAAUGUAGAGUCAUAUCAACGCAUUUGGCAUCACCGUCCAUUCACUCCAAGGUACGUUUUUCAAAGAAGACAGUUAACGUUAUUAUCCUUCAAAAUGCCAUCACCACAAGUGCUCCAGCCUGUUCUUAAGAUGAAGGUGGACGAGCUCUUUCUUCACUGGUUGAGUGAUCCUGCAACUCAGUCAUUACUAAAAGAUUAUCUUGACCUAAUCAAAAGUGGACAACACCUUGAUCUGAGUGGUGGGGAUGCCCAAGACAAAAGGUCAUUGACGUUCAAUGAGAACAACAAUGUGGCAUCCCAAAAGAACCUGGCGGAGAAGAAGCCUGCUUCCCUCAAUACUCCUUCCAGCCCUCCAUCUACCAGCACCCUGCCCUCCGGCAGUAGCAGUAAUCCCAGAAUGACCGGACCCUAUGGCAGAGUACAACGAAGGUCUAUCAACACGAAGAAGGCCCAGGUGAGGACAGAGGAACCCGUCACCACAGCGCUGAGUGAAAGCAUUCCAAAGUUUCACUUCCCACAGGGCCGGCCCCAAGCCAACCUCAACAUAGACAGCCUCAUUUCCAAAAUUGAGAAAAUAUUUUCCCAAUUCCCAAAUGAAAGGGCUACCAUUGAAGAAAUGGGGCAGGUCGCCAAGGCCUGUGAGUGUCCUCUUUACUGGAAAAUGCCAUUGUUCUGUUCGGCUGGAGGCGACAGGACCGGCUUCGUGUCUGUUCACAAGUUCGUGGCUAUGUGGAGAAAAACUCUGCAGACCUGUCACGAUGACGCCUCUAAAUUUGUGCACCUCUUGGCCAAGCCUGGCUGUAAUUACCUGGAACAAGACGACUUUAUUCCAUUCCUGCAGGAUGUGGUGAACUCACACGCAGGCCUGGCCUUCCUCAAGGAGGCACCGGAUUUCCACUCACGAUACAUCACCACGGUUAUUCAGAGGAUAUUCUACAAUGUGAAUCGGUCAUGGACUGGAAAAAUAACAUGUUCUGAGCUCAGAAAGAGUAACUUUCUUCAGAAUGUGGCACUGCUGGAGCAGGAGGAGGACGUGAACCAGCUGACGGACUUCUUCUCCUAUGAACAUUUCUAUGUGAUCUACUGCAAGUUCUGGGAGCUGGAUACAGACCAUGACCUCUACAUAGACCAGAAGGACCUAGCACAGCACAAUGACCAAGCCAUAUCCCAUAAGAUGAUUGAGAGAAUAUUCUCAGGAACAGUAACAAGAGACAGACGGGUAUAUAAGGAAGGACGGCUGAGUUAUGCUGAUUUUGUCUGGUUCCUUAUCUCUGAGGAGGACAAGAAGACAGACACUAGUAUAGAGUACUGGUUCCGCUGUAUGGACGUCGAUGGGGACGGGGUGCUCAGCAUGUACGAGCUGGAGUAUUUCUAUGAGGAGCAAUGUCAGAAGCUGGAGACCAUGGCUAUUGAGCCCCUUCCCUUCGAGGACUGCCUCUGCCAAAUGCUUGACCUUGUCAAGCCCGAGGUUGAAGGUAAGAUCACUCUGCGGGAUCUUAAAAGGUGCAAGUUGUCCCACAUCUUCUUCGACACUUUCUUCAAUAUUGAGAAGUACUUGGACCACGAGCAGAAGGACCCUUUCUCUGUAAUAAGGGAGGCGGAGACCGAUGGCCAGGAGGUCUCAGACUGGGAGAAAUAUGCCGCAGAGGAGUACGACAUCCUAGUGGCUGAGGAGGCGGCCAACGACCAGUGCAAUGAUGUGUAUGAAAACCCUUUGAGUCCUUUAGGGCAGCACAUCUCCAGUGAGCUGGGUCUGACCAAGAGACACUUCUUUGAGAUCCCCAGUCCACACUGCAACCUGGACCUGGAUGAAUACGAAUAUGAAGAUGACUUUGAAUGAUCCUCCAUCCUGCAGUGUGUUCUCACAAGCCUGCUGAGCGCUGAGCGCUCCCAGACACAGAGCUCAACCAGCGGUGUUAGUCGAUGAAUCACAUCAGGUCAAAGAUUUGUGGGCUCAGACCCGGUUGCCACCCUGUGUAACAGGACACACUUCAAUAAACUGUGAGUGAACGCAAAACCAGAAGACACAGUCAGAGCACUGGCAGGGUCAGAUGUGCUGGAGAAAUGGACACAGUAUGACACACUUGACUAACAGGAAAUGUGAAGUGAUGUGAGCAGAAAGUUGUUCUCCACAACACUGUGUUCUACAAGAUGUUUGAAUAUUUUCACCUGUCACCACAGCUGGCUCCCUUAUGUCACAAGCAUUUUUAGACGUUUGCUCCAUGCCAUUUCUUGACAAAGUAAAUGUUUUGCAUGCAAUGCUUAGUACAAAUAAUGUUUUGGGCGAUUGCUAUUUCAGUAAACAGUAAACAUCAGUAAAUCAGUUUUUAUACACUGAAGCUACCUGGAGUGUUAGACAGAACCCAUGUUGAUUAGAUUCAGGUUUUGAAGUAAUUAUUGUCUGAAGUCAUUGGCUAAUGUUACAUUCCUGUGAUCUUCACUGAAGGUUUUCUGUAAGAGUGUACAUUCAUAAAUCGUUGUUUGUUGAAAUGAGAAGUUACUGUAAAUGCCAAACAAGCCACCAUUGAGCCUGCUGUACACACACAAACACACAUUUCAGACUGCCAUACACAGCGUAUAUUGUACAGGUAUGCAUUCAUUAUGAUGUAGAUUUAAUCUAUGUGUGAGAUGGGCUUAUAAAUUAUUAGAGAUGAAUUUAUAAAUAACUGUAAAUAUUUAUUUGGUGUUUGCUGUGCUGUAAAUGAUUUGGGCAAGCGUUUUAGACAAAUUCUUUUUUCUAUGUUAUAAAGUACCUAAUUUGAAUGUACCGUGACAGAACAAAAGGAACCAAUUUUAAAAUGUUUUGCUUUUCUUUAAAUUAAUAAUAAAGCUUUGUUUAAGGGACGAAUUAA